UCUGCGUGUGUGUGUGUUUUGGGUUUAUAACUUCAUAUGGCGGAGCUUUUGAUUGUUGUAAUCCUGGCAUUCCCUGUUCUGAUACUGUCAUGGAUCUGGAGUGUGGUGUAUUCAAUUUGGUGGAAGCCCAUGAAGCUGGAGAGGAACCUGAGGGAGCAGGGCCUCAAGGGCCCACCACACAGACUGCUUUCUGGAAACCUGAAAGACGAGCUGAGGAUGAGGAAGGAAGCAUGGUCCAGGCCCAUGAACCUCUCUCACAAUAUUGUGCCCCGUGUUGUUCCCUUCACUCAUCAAACCAUCAAAACCUAUGGUAAGAUGUCAGUAACGUGGUUUGGGAGAACUCCCAGGGUAAAUAUUAUGCAUCCAGAACUAAUAAAGGAUAUUCUUUCUAACAAGUUUGGACACUUCGAGAAGCCCAAAUUAAAUCAACUCAUCAAAUUGUUAGCAAAUGGGCUUGCAAACUACGAGGGAGAAAAGUGGGCCAAACACCGAAGGAUCAUCAACCCUGCAUUCCAUAUAGAGAAGUUAAAGAGGAUGCUACCUGCAUUUUAUACAAGCUGUUCUGAGACGAUCACAAGAUGGGAGAAACUGGUUGCCUUGAAAGGUUGCUGUGAAUUGGAUGUAUGGCCUGAGUUCCAAAAUUUAACUGGAGAUGUUAUCUCUAGGACAGCAUUUGGUAGCAGCUAUGAUGAAGGCAGACGAAUAUUUCAACUUCAAAAUGAGCAAGCCAAACUUGUUGUCCAGGCUGCCCUAUCCAUAUAUAUACCAGGUUACAGCUUAUUACCAACAAAAAGGAACAAUAGGAUGAAAGAAAUUGACAGAGAAGUGAGAGGUCUAUUGAGAGGAAUCAUCAACAAGAGAGAGAAGGCUAUAAAGUUAGGGGAGGCCAGUCAAAAUGACUUACUAGGGUUACUUCUAGAAUCCAAUUUUAAGGAGAUUCAAGAACAUGACAAUGCAAAGAACCUUGGUAUGAACAUUGAUGAUGUGAUAGAGGAAUGCAAGCUAUUUUACUUUGCAGGACAAGAAACAACAGCAAAUUUGCUUGUGUGGACCAUGGUUGUGUUGAGUAUGCAUCCAGAGUGGCAAAUACGUUCAAGGGAAGAAGUCUUGCAAGCCUUUGGAAAAGACAAGCCAGAUUUUGAUGGGCUAAACCAUUUAAAAGUUGUAACCAUGAUUCUGUAUGAAGUUCUUAGAUUAUACCCACCAGCAGUUAUACUCACCAGGCAUACUUAUAAGAAGAUAAAACUAGGGGGUAUCUAUUUGCCUCCUGGAGUAGAAUUAUUGUUGCCCACAAUUCUCAUCCACCAUAGUAGAGAACUUUGGGGUGAAGAUGCACAAGAAUUCAAACCAGAGAGAUUUUCAUCGGGAGUUUCAAAGGCAACAAAGAAUCAAGUAUCAUUCUUCCCAUUUGGUUGGGGUCCUCGCAUAUGCAUAGGUCAGAACUUUGCCAUGACAGAAGCAAAGAUGGCAUUGGCCUUGAUCUUACAACAAUUUUCUUUUGAGCUAUCACCUUCCUAUGCUCAUGCCCCUUACACUAUCAUAACUCUUCAACCUCAAUAUGGUGCCCAAAUCAUCUUACAUAAACUAUGAUAUCUUUCACUGUAAUACAUACAUACAUAUAUUACAUAACUUUACCCCAUUUCGAAUCAUCUUAGGAGAGAUUCAGAAGAAAAAGAAUUGGUGUUUGGAUGAUUUUAAUCUAUCUUAUUUUUGCAACUUAAGAACUUCUCAAGAGUUAUAGUACCUUUUCUAAUCCAUAUAGCAUAUAGAGGAACACACACUUGCAUUCUUGUAUCCAAUGUUCUUAACUUGUCAUUGACCUGGCCAAUUGGAUGACUAGUGACCUAUUGGCCCCAGGUGGUUGAACUAUUCAGCCAUCUAAUCCGUUCAACGGGUUACUUAGAUUGUUGUAUUUAUUUGAUUCUUUUAUGAAUGGAGAGGAUGAACAUCUUUGAGAA